UUGCCAAAUGGUCCAAACCUCAGCACCUCUCUCUUUUCUGCAACUAUCUUCUCUCUAUCCAUGUUUUAUUUUAAUUCACAUAAAUUUUUGUUCUCUUUUACAUGAACCUGUUUUAGGGUUUUGCCAAUACCAGGAAAAAAAAAACCUUAAAUACCAUUUCCCUUAAUUUUUAUUUUCUACAACGUCGUCGUUUCACUCCGCCCUUUCCCUCUCACUUUCCAAUUUUUAUGGCUUGUUUUUCAUUCUACUUCAAUCUAUCGUUUCUCUCCCUUUUCUUCUAUGCUAAUAUUUUAAGGCUUAAAGAUUGAAACUUUCACGUGGUUAGCUGUAGCUCACAUUCAUGAUUGCAAGUUGUUGUUUUCAAUUGGAUCUAUAAAGGGUCUGGCUUGGUUUCAAGAAUUGAAGUGUUUUCUUUUAGGGUUUGGUGGAAGACAUUGUUAAAGGAGAUAUGAAUAGUACAUUUAGUGAAGAGACACUUGCAGAUAACCUUUCCAAGGUCAAUGGUACCCAGCAAUGUAUUGAAUCUUUGUCGCGCUGGUGCAUAGUUCACCGAAGCAAAGCAGAAUCUGUUGUUGAGGCAUGGGACAAACAGUUCCGCAACUCAGCUAUGCUCCAGAAAGUACCUCUAUUGUAUCUUGCAAAUGACAUCCUACAGAACAGUAAGAAGAAAGGAAGCGAAUUUGUUAAUGAGUUUUGGAAAGUUCUUCCUGCAGCGCUAAAAAAUAUAGUCAAGAAAGGUGAUGACCGUGGCAAGAAUGUCGUCUCUAGAUUGGUAAAUAUAUGGGAAGAAAGGACAGUGUUUGGGUCACGUGCUCGGAGUCUCAAAGAGGUGAUGCUUGGAGAAGAUGCUCCUCCACCCUUGGAGUUGAGCAAAAAACGUUCACGCUCUGUGAAAAAUACAAAACGAGAUUCACGAUCCAUUAGAACGAAAUUGUCUAUUGGAGGUGCUGCUGAAAAACUAGUAUCAGCAUUUAACUUGGUGGUUAGUGAGCGGCCCAAUGAAGAGGCAGAGAUGAGUAAUUGCAAGUCUGCAGUUUGUCGUACGAGGGAUAUGAAGAAAGAUGUUGAUAUUGCCUGUAGUAAUAAUGAUAAAGAUCCAACACGAAAAACUUUGGCCAAGAAACUGGAGAAUGAAGAGAAUCUUUUGAAACGAAGUAUUGAGAAACUUAAAUCAGUUGAAGCAUGUAGAGUAGCGCUUGUCUCACAGUUAAAAGAAUCUUUACAGGAACAGGAAUCUGAACUGGAGGAAGUUCGAGCUCUGAGGCAGGUCGCACAGGCACAAGUAGAGGAAGCCAGCAAAAUGCGAAGGUUGCUUAUUGGUGAAGAAGUAUCUAAAGCAUCUACAGUAACUACAGUACCAGUUGAUUCAAAUGCAAAAGCAGGACAAGCACCUAAGAGGACAGCUGCAGCUAUUGCUGCCGAGGUUGCAGAGAAGCUUGCAGCUUCCUCCUCUUCUCAAAUGAUCAUGCACGCUGUUCUCUCUACAUUUGCAGCUGAAGAAGCAAAAAAUGCUCAAUUAACGAAGGCCCCAACACUGUCAAAUUCAUAUGCAUCCAUGCCCGUCCAAUCAUUGUCAAAACCGGAAAACUCAUUGCCCGUAUCAGAUUCAAAUGUUUUUAUGCCAGCACAGCCACUUGCUGCUCCAACAACACACUCAUAUCAGCCAGUUUUGUUGCCCCAGCCUACUAUGCCGAACCAGACCCCAACCACUCAAGCUCAAUUUAACCCAUCCUCCCAGCAAUAUUUACAGCCAGCAGGUGGGAUCAUGACCCCAUAUGCUUAUGGUAACACCUCUCCCUUACCCCCAGGACCACCCCCACCCCCACCCUACCAGGCAAGUUCAAUGGUGCCUAUGGCGCAUCAACCAUCACAAAUGCCACAGCAGCAACCAUUAUCAUUGGCACAGCAGCGGAACAUAAUAAACCAGCAACAACCAAUGUCUUUAACUCAACAAACUCUGGGUGCUAAUUUCAGGCCUCAUCAACCACCUGUAAUGGAGUACUAUGCCCACCCUUCUCAUUCCUAGAGAAAAAAACGUACUUUUAGUUUGGUAGAUAUAAUUAGGUCAGUGUAUAAAUGCCUGCAUAUUUCGUUUUGAUGCUUGGAGAAACAAUGUAAUGGCGUGCCAGUCGGUUAGGUUUUGUUGGUUUACUGAAAUAACUUGUGGUUGCGUAUAAAAUGAGGAAAGAAGGUUGGUAGAUUAA